GGUGAAGAUCAAUGGUAAAGGGUAGAGAGAGUGGGGGGAGUAGGAGGGUGUGUGUAGUAGCAGCGGCAGCGGCAGUAGCAGCAGCCGGGUGGCAGUGGCAGUGGCAGCAGUGGUAGGAAGUUGCGCGGUGGUUGACGGGCGUUCCUGAAGGAAACCUGAACAGCCUGGGCGCUGCUUGAACCACAGCCGCUGCGUGUGGGUUCCGCUCAGCCACCAAGCGAAGUCUGCAUCAAGGAUUUGGCGUAGAAGCUGCAGCCUUGUUACUUGACGCCUAUCCAAUGAUGUCGGCAUCAAAACAAAUGAAAGUGGACCGGUGUCCCACUGAGGAGAUUUCGCUCUCCAACUGUGCAGCUGUAAACCCAGUGGAUUUCUCGGAGGACAAAGUUCGGCAUGUUGAAGUGACAACAACAAACCACAAGUUUGUAUUCACUAUCAAGACAUCAGACAAGGUCAGGCCAGGCACCAUGGGCUUCAGCUUGCCUAUGAGAAAAUGGGCGGAGCUUUCUGUCAGCCAGACGGUUGAUGUGCGUCCAUACGUAUUCGAUCCGAACACUCAAUACAUCGCAAAAAUUACUCUUGAAGCUGACUUCCUUGAAAAGAAAAACACCACAAAGGAUCCAUAUGACACGGAUAAGAUGUCCAUGGACUUUGUGCAGCAGUUUCCAAAGCAGGCUUUCACAGUUGGUCAAAUGCUGGCCUACCAGUUCUCUGAUAAAAAGCUGUUGAAACUUGUCGUUAAAGAAAUGGAAGUUGCAAGUUUGGAUUACCUGAAAGGCGACGUCUCCAAGCCACAGUCAAAGCCUAAGACUACCCAGAUUGGGUUGCUGCUGCCAGAUGCUGCUGUUGUUUUUGAAAAGGCUGAGGGGUCUACAUUGAGCCUUACUGGACAUGCUAAAGGGAAAAUGGUUCGUCAGUCUAUCAUCAAUCCUGACUGGGAUUUUAAUAAAAUGGGCAUUGGAGGCUUGGACAAAGAAUUCAGUGCUAUAUUCAGAAGAGCAUUUGCCUCAAGAGUGUUUCCACCUGAAGUUAUUGAACAGCUUGACCUGAAGCAUGUCCGCGGCAUCCUUUUGUAUGGGCCACCUGGUACUGGAAAGACAUUAAUGGCUCGUCAGAUUGGCAAAAUGCUGAAUGGACGAGAACCAAAGAUAGUAAAUGGACCUCAGAUAUUGAACAAAUAUGUUGGCGAAUCUGAAGCGAACAUUCGGCGCCUUUUUGAGGAUGCAGAAGAGGAAGAAAAAAAGUUGGGUGCCAACAGUGGUCUUCAUAUCAUAAUUUUUGAUGAAAUUGAUGCCAUAUGCAAGCAGCGAGGCUCUGUGGCUGGAAACACAGGUGUUCAUGACACUGUGGUGAACCAGCUGCUGUCCAAAAUAGAUGGUGUGGAAUCAUUGAACAACAUUCUGGUGAUUGGUAUGACCAACCGUCGGGACAUGAUUGACGAAGCGCUGACACGACCAGGUCGCCUUGAGGUGCAAAUGGAGAUUGGACUCCCCGAUGAGCAUGGUCGCCUCCAGAUUCUGAAUAUCCACACAGCACAAAUGCGUAAUCACCGCAAGAUGGCUCCUGAUGUGGACUUGGCUGAGCUGGCUGUCCUUACUAAAAACUUUUCGGGUGCUGAGCUAGAGGGCUUAGUACGUGCAGCACAGUCAACUGCUAUGAACCGCCUUAUCAAGGCAGGUAGCAAAGUGGAACUUGAUCCAGAAGCCGCUGAGAAGCUUCUUGUUACUCGAGCCGACUUCAUGAACGCACUGGAGAAUGAUGUGAAGCCGGCAUUUGGAACUAGUACAGAAGAGAUUGAACAGCUUGUGUGCAAAGGUGUUACUACAUGGGGACCACAGAUAAGUGCCAUACUGGAAGAUGGGGAUUUAUUCAUCCAGCAGGCACGAUCUCCAGAGUCAAGAGGUCUGGUCACAAUCCUCCUUGAAGGUGCGCCAAAUGCUGGCAAAACUGCACUGGCGGCAAAAAUUGCACUCCGUUCAGAGUUUCCAUUUAUAAAGCUCUGUGGUCCUGAUGGAAUGGUGGGUUACACAGAGACUGCUAAAUGCCAGCUUAUCAAGAAGGUGUUUGAUGAUGCCUACAAGUCUCAGCAAAGCUGCAUAUUGGUAGACAACAUUGAACGCUUAUUGGAUUAUGGCCCCAUUGGACCAAGGUAUUCAAACCUGGUGCUGCAAGCACUUCUGGUUCUUCUGCAGAAGGAUCCUCCAAAGGGCCGCAAGCUGCUUGUCCUCUGCACGAGCAGCCUGAAGGGAGUGCUGGAUGAGAUGGGUUUGAGCCCUUCAUUCACAGCUGUUCUGCGGGUGCCAAACCUGUCCCUGCCCCAGCAUGUCCUGGCUGUACUUGAGGAUGUUGACUGCUUCUCAAAGGCCGAGCUCGACCAAAUUGCCAAGCAUCUGGAAGGCCGCAGGAUCUGGAUAGGAAUCAAGAAGCUCCUGGCAUAUGUAGACAUGGCUCGUCAGACCACUUCCCAAUACAGAGUUACCAAGUUCAUUUGCAAGCUUGAAGAAGAAGGAGCACUUGAGCUGAAGUGAAGCAUUGCCUGUUCCAAGUGGUGGAUGGACACCGGGCUCUGUCACCUCCAUGGAGCUCUCCUCGCUCCAGCUUGCCCAGCUGUGGAACCUCAUCCGGUGGUGGCCAGCUAUUACUCUUUUUGCUGUUUUCAUCCCAUAGCUCCUAAGACGUGCAUCAUUCUUCCGCAUUGCUUUGAUAUAUCUUUAUCUGUAUGCAAGCUACAAAUUGAAAAUGAAAAAAAAAUAUAUAUAUAUAUAUAUAUACAUUACAACAAAAGGUGAUUCCGCUACAGAUAUUGUGAUAUUAUUCUUGCAUGAAAAAGGAAGAUAUCAUUACUUUGUUAUUUAUGGUGUGUACUUGAACCAGUGAAUGCUUGGUCUUUCUUUUUUCUUUUUUUAAAUUCAGUUUCCCUAAUUACCUUUUUCUUCUAGGAUGUUGGUGUGUCCUGUGGGCAGUAAGACUUUCAUUGCCUAAAUGUAGUUUUUCACCGCUCUCAUCUCACUCCCACUCUUUUUGUAUUAUGGUAGACAAGGGAAAAAAGUGUUCUGCCCAUGACUGUGUAUUUUGUCUUGAGUCCAGACAAUCUGCUUUGACAAACCAACCUUUUACCUUAAAUUUGUGGGGUUUUUUUUCCUCUGUCACGAAGAGCGUGAGUUCAUGGGACUUCCAUUUUAACUACUUGCAUGAGACUUCAUAUACCUGAAGGUGUAUGAAGUCUUUUUUUUUUUUAAUAGUGUUGGUAAAUAUUUGACUGUUGUUUGAGAGUUUUGGACAUAAUUUCCUGUUGUCUUUGCUGCACUGUUAAUAAUGGGGAUUUGAAUUGUCCUGGGACACUGCCUGUCACAUUGACAAGUUUUACAGUCAAGCUUCGCUAUUUUGAACUUCAAGAAAAUCAUGAGUAAUGUAGCAUAGUGAAAUCUUAAUAUAUAUCAUUAUAAGCAAAUAUAUUAUCUCAAAAGCCAUCGAAAUGCAAGUUGGUGCAUGAUUGCCAGACACAAAAACCCUGCUCUCUGACGCCUGUUUAAUGCACUUUGCAUUUGCAGCAUAGGCAAUGUAUUCUCUGAGUAAACCAGUUUUCUGGUGUACCCAUUGCCACAGCUAGUUGCCACCUAACAAAGGGGACAUCCAGAUGGAAACAGUGUUGUAAGAAAAAGUACUUUAUUUCGCACGUCACUGUUACAAGCAGUCUUUGCUAAGGUACUCCGCAUACUGCUACGUCUGAACACUUGGUACACCAAUUGCUGAGGGCUGAGCACCUCUGAAAGAAGUCUGCUGCAAUGAGAAGCGAUUGUAGAUACUGGAAGCAGUGUCAUUACAAUAUAGCAUGAAGAUGUGUGAAAUGCAACAUAUCAGAUGUGUUGACAGAUAGUUUUAAAAGGCUUUAAAGCUGCAACUUUGCAAUUGUUUUUCAACAGUGUUCCUGCUGUUUGAUGUCGGCAGUAAUUAAAGAUAUUUGGCGUUCAUAUAAAUGUGCUCAACCAUAUUUACUUGCUUGUUGAGUGGAACUUGGUUCUGGAGCGAAGUACAGUUCCAGAUAAUUGUUGUUGUUUCUAAGUUAUUCCUUUGUUGUGACAUUAUUUUUGCAGAAGUAUUAAGGUUAGUUGUGGUACUUAAGGCAAAUGAGUACUUCUGCAUGGUUACAUUCCUCUCGUUUCUUGAUAUUAAAGCCAAAGCUUGGUAUGAUAUUGGCAAGGAUUUUGUCACUUGUUUUUAUUGUGUGUCAAAGCAUAUAUGUUUUUAAGUGAUUACCUUGCAUGGUUUUUCUUCUUCUGAAAAGUACACACAAUUCUAUAUAUGUUCACUUGCCAAAUUUUUUCACUCAUUUUUAUUUCAAAAUGUGCUUUCUCAGCAGUUUGCCAGUUUUGCUUGACCAAUUUAAAAAGUAAUUCUGCAGAAUACUUUACCACCGAUCACAUGCAAAUGAAAGCAUUAGGGUUGCAGGACGGCAAAAUAGUGACAUGAAUAUAAACUGAGGUAAUGUGUAAGGGCAUUUACACCCCUUAGUUCUAAUGCCUGUGUGCUAUAGUGAAAUCGAAAUUGGUUUCUGUUUCACGUUCAGCACUUUCUGGCAGUCCUUGCUCCAGGUGCUGUUUACUUGCAGGCUUUUGUUCAUCACAGAGGCAUGUGCAUGCAUGCAUUGUAUGGUUUCAGAUUAACUAAGUUCUUGCUUUUUAGGGGAAGAUAGAAUUCUCAUUCAGAAUGACUGCCCUAACACUUGCCUUCAUUUUCAUUGAUUAUGAAUAUAUUGCCUUAGAAAAAUCGUUAUUGCCAGGCUUGAAUGUGUACUAAGUGUACGUCCCCAACCCUACACACACACAUCAUUUCUUCUUGGUGGUACCAAGUGCUGGAACUAGCUUUUGGCUUAGCGUCGAAACUUGGGCUUGUUGGUGAAACAUUCUAGGGGAAUACUCCAAUGUUAACUUUUGGAAGUUAAAGCAUUAAAUACUUGGGACAGCCGUCUAUACUUAGAAACGCCUUGCCUAAUAAAACAUCAGUGACAUUGUUUGCAUCAAAGUUUUCAUGUCACUAUAACAACCUUUCCUUUAUGUUGCCUUAAUAAACCUGAUUUUCACUUGCUCUAGUCCUUAUAAAGUAUAAAGUGUCUUCGUUCAUAGAGUGAGUUUCCUUGCCUUUGUUUUACGUAUUUUACUGAAGUAACGUCCCAGUCAUCUUCAGCAGGUGCCUUUACGUAAUUAGAGUUGCAGCACCUUGUAAACAAAGUGUCUGGAACAUGAACAGGAAAUGUGCUGCCUUUCCCUUUCCUCCUCCUUUUGUUUUGCUAUUGUCAGCCACUAGUGGCUCUUGCUGCGGCAACUUGCAGAACACAGGGCAGGCAGUUCCUGAAAAACAUCAUGGAUAAUAUGUUUGUUCAGCAAGCACUCGUGCAGAAGUAAGGCAGCUGCUGUUCAUAUAGGUAAUGGUGUUGGUGGCCAGAGCCAUGUGUCAAAAUCUGUUCAUAGUGUGAGGCAGGGCAGCUGCAAACAGAGAGCUAGCUAAUUCCAGGCAUAUACCUGCAGUUAGGUGUUGGCUGUUGUGCAGGUACAUUACAGAAGUUGGAGGUAAGGAUUUUAGAUCUUUGUUUGACAUUGUGUUUAACUUGUACGGGAUAACCUUGAUCUUUUUAAGUUAUCUUGAUGGUUAUCCUGCAAGCUCCUUCUUCCCCCUUUCCUUAUUCAAACAUAUUUGUUUCACGAAGUUCUUGUUCUGUGUGUGCUAAGUAAAGAUAAAGCCAUUUUGCCAAUUAUGCAGUUAUGUUGAUUGUUCUCAUGGCCAAGGAAGUAUGUGCAUGCUGCUAAGUAAAGUUAUCACUUUCACACUUAAUGUUGCCGCUGGGCUCUUGUAGACAAGCCUGACAAGCAUAAACUGAUGUUAGUGUGUUCACAGAUCAGUUUCUCUCUUCAAGUGUUCGCUUCUUAAUGAACCUUUUAUGCUACAUGCAAUUCAAACAUGUUUAUGCAUGAAACCUACUUGCUCAUCUGCUGUAAUGUCCAUGUUUACUAGAAUGCACCAGAGGUAAAAUUGCUUUGAGUGAACUGUACUUUUUUAAUACAGCUUUCCUAGUGCCUAAUUUUUCUGUCUUGCUAGAAUAUCAUGCUGGGCAGUCAUGCUACUACUUCCUUCAGUAGAAUGUUGUUGCAUAGAGCUUUGAAAUGCUAGCAUUGUUAGUAUGGGAAGGACAUUUGAUUGUGCUUCUGGUGUUCAUCGAUAGCAGCUUGUUAUAGUUGCGUAGCUAGUUCUCAAAUUUACUGUGUCACUGUGCCUCCGUCUGAGUAGCAGCAAAUGUUUGCAGACGAGUUCCCGUGUGGGGUAUGCUGCAAAUUUUUGUCCUUGUAGGUCUUUCAUUGUUGUAGUGGCAGUUUACCGACCUUCCAUGCUUGUUAUUGCUUGCGAAACAGGUGUUAGCCUUGUUUUACUAUUUCCAUAUGCACAUUGUGAAUCACUGACCAGGCAACAAAAUCAAAUAAGAAAACUUUAGGCUGUUAGUUGACUACAUAAUGUUUCUGCUUUUAGUAAUCAUUUAGAAGUCUGUCACAUAGUCUUGUUAAAAACUGUUGGCAGUAAAUACGAUAUUGCUGAGGAUGUGUA